UUUUUAGAUCACCACACUUAUUAAUCAUAAACAUAAUACCAAAAAGUCUGAUAAAACUCUGCAAGCAAUUCAGCGUGUAGGACAAGCCGUCAACUUGGCAGUUGGAAGAUUCGUUAAAGUAGGGGAAGCUAUAGCCAAUGAAAACCGGGAUUUGAAAGAAGAAAUAAAUAUUGCCUGUAUUGAAGCUAAACAAGCAGGAGAAACCAUUGCAGCACUUACAGAUGUAGGCAGCUUGAAUCACCCAGAAUCUGAUGGCCAGAUCACAAUUUUUACAGACAAAACGGGAGUUAUAAAGGCUGCAAGAUUACUUCUUUCUUCAGUGACAAAAGUGUUGUUGCUGGCAGACCGAGUGGUCAUUAAGCAGAUAAUAACAUCAAGAAAUAAGGUUCUUGCAACUAUGGAAAGACUAGAGAAGGUGAAUAGCUUUCAAGAGUUUGUCCAAAUAUUCAGUCAAUUUGGAAAUGAAAUGGUGGAGUUUGCACAUCUAACCGGAGAUAGACAAAAUGAUUUGAAAGAUGAAAAGAAAAAGGCAAAAAUGGCAGCAGCUAGGGCAGUUCUUGAAAAAUGUACAAUGAUGCUUCUCACAGCUUCAAAGACAUGUCUCAGGCAUCCCAACUGUGAAUCGGCCCAUAAAAACAAAGAAGGAGUAUUUGACCGAAUGAAAGUGGCAUUGGAUAAGGUAAUUGAAAUUGUGACUGACUGCAAACCCAAUGGAGAGACUGACAUUUCAUCUAUCACUGUUUUUACUGGAAUUAAAGAAUUCAAGAUAAAUAUUGAAACUCUUCGGGAGAAUCGUUAUUUUCAGUCAAAAGAGAGUCUUUCUGCAACAUUGGAAGCCAUCUUGGAGCGUACAGAGGACUUUACUGAUUCUGCCUCCACCAGCCAUGAGCACAGGGAACGCAUCUUGGAACUGUCAACUCAGGCGAGGAUGGAACUGCAGCAGUUAACUUCUGUGUGGAUUCAAGCUCAAAACCAGAAAACAAAAAGCAUCGCUGAAGAGCUGGAACUCAGUAUACUGAAAAUCAGUCACAGCCUCAAUGAACUUAAGAAAGAACUUCAUAGUACAGCAACUCAGCUGGCAGCUGAUCUGUUAAAAUACCAUGCUGAUCAUGUGGUACUAAAAGCAUUAAAACUUACUGGAGUAGAAGGAAAUUUAGAAGGUUUGGCUGAAUAUGCCUGUAAACUCUCGGAACAGAAAGAACAGCUUGUUGAGAGUUGUCGAUUGUUGCGACAUGUAUCUGGGACAGAACCUCUUGAAAUAACCUGUAUUCAUGCAGAGGAGACAUUUCAGGUGACUGGCCAACAGAUAAUUUCUGCUGCUGAAACACUAACAUUGCAUCCAUCUAGCAAAAUUGCUAAAGAAAACCUAGAUGUAUUUUGUGAAGCUUGGGAAUCUCAAAUUAGUGACAUGUCAACUCUGCUAAGAGAAAUCAAUGAUGUGUUUGAAGGAAGACGAGGAGAGAAGUAUGGCUACCUUUCGCUGCCAAAGCCAAUGAAGAAUAAUGCAAACCUGAAAUCCUUAAAGCCAGACAAGUCUGACUCUGAGGAGAAAGCCAGGAUAGCAAAGCUUGGACUUAAGCUGGGUUUGCUUACCUCUGAUGCCAACUGCGAGAUCGAGAAGUGGGAGAAUCAGGAGAAUGAGAUCGUUCGAUAUGGACGGAACAUGUCCAGUAUGGCCUAUUCUCUAUAUUUAUUUACUAGGGGAGAAGGGCCACUGAACACUUCCCAGGAUUUAAUUCAUCAGUUAGAGGUAUUUGCUGAAGAGGGCCUGAAACUUGCUUCAAGUGUACAAGCUUUCUCAAAACAGCUGAAAGAUGAUGACAAGCUUAUGCUUCUCUUGGAAAUAAACAAGCUAAUUCCUCUAUGCCACCAGCUCCAGACAAUAACUAAGACACCUUUGCAGAAUCAAGUGUUUUUAAAGGUUGAUAAGUGUAUUACAAAGACACGAUCCAUGAUGGCUAUUUUGGUCCAGCUUCUCUCACUUUGCUUUAAACUGCUGAAGAAGUUUCAGAUGGAAAACAACAGAUGGGUCUCAGUUACAAACAAAGACUCUGUGGAUGGUAAAACUUGAGAAGCAUUUGAGGUCAGAUCUCUGGAACACCCUGUGGCAAAGCUGGCAUUUUUAGAAAGCAAAUGAUUAUAUUUUCAGAAAUUCGGUAAUUUUAUAAAGAAAACAAUACUGAAAUCUUGCUAUAUUUUCUAAUUAUGAAACUGAUUGUGAAGCUUUUUGACAACUAAUAAAUGCCAUGGUAGUUGCUAGAGUUCUAAUUGCAGUGUGAUUUUAAAAUGAGACAUUGCUGCUAAUAAUGUUAUUUAAAAGCCAAAUAUCCUGACGGUCUUAAUGACAGUUUAAUCCAAAGAUGCUAUUUUGAGAAUGUGUUCACCUUUGGCAUAUUUUACCUUCAUGUUUUCCAUUUUUUUAAUUUAAGCUUAUCAUCUAGAACAAUAAUUUUCAGCAGAAAAUACACAGUAGUCUGGUUGAAAGCAGUUUUCUUUAAACCUGUGGACUCCUCUUCAAUCCUAUUCAUCAAGUGUGACCGGGCCUCUUUGCUGCCUGCUUGUCACAGAUCAGCCAUGCUAGUAGCACACAUUUAUUCUCUAACAAGCAUUUCACAUAGCACAGGUUAUCUGUUGUGAUAAAUGCCCCCCCCCGCCCCCCCCUGCCCAAAAGCAGGGUCAUGGAGGUCACACCAUGGAAUUCUGGAAGAACUCACUAGCAGAUGGCUUUUAGUUCUAGUUCUAACAGAGCUGGCCUGUCUGCUCUGAUUAUUAGCUGGAAUCCUAAGCCUAUCUUACUUGCUUAAAAAAAAUAGUUUUUGAACUGCUCUUCUCAGUAGUGAAUGAUGGAAUAGAAAAUUUAAGAGAAUGAUGGGACUAAGAAGCUAUUUAAAUUCUGAAUAAUCAUAUAUAUAUGUACCUUUGGAAUGUUCAUUUUAAAACAAAUAAACAUCUUUCUUUAGUCUUUUUAA